AUGGGUAAAUACAGAAAAAGGUUCAAUGAGAAGGCUCGUGCUGGUAUGCUUGCAAAGCAAGCUGCCUUAAAGAAAGCAAGACAGAAGCAAUUCACUCGUCAUCUAGACGAUGGCACCGAAGAUCCUGAUGAGCCAAAAGACCUAUUGCAUACUGAGAGUAACCCCAAUGCCGAUAUACUUAAGCCUAUGACCGAUGAGGAAAAAGCUGAAAGGAAAAGAAAGCUUGCAGAGGCCUUAUACUCGGAAAAUGAAAAAGAAGCAAAGUUGUCUCGAGCAAAGAGAAAGAGACUAGAUAAGUACAUCGAGCAUCAGUUGAAGAGGGAAGAAAAGAAAGCCCUUCUCGAGAAGUUAUCUGAAACCAAGAUCGACACAUCCCAUUUAGCUCCAUCGAAGCUUCUAGGUAAGGGCAAGCAAACCCGUAAAGAGGAGAUGAUUGAAGCCAUAGACCUUGAGAGACAGGGAAGAGAAGACGAUCACACCAAGGAAGUUUUGUAUGAAACGCAUGAGGCCAAGGACUGGUCUGAACAGCUGGAUGAGGAAGACGAUGUCAAGGAAGAGGAAGACGAGUUUUCAUCCACGGAGUCCAAAUCCUCCUUCGUGGACUUCCGGCCUCAGAAGUAUGGAGGUUCAGGAAUCGGAUUCGGAUUCUCCAACAUCACUAGAAUCGAAAGCGACAAGCCGGCCAAGAAAAAGUAUACAUGGAGACUCAAGGUUGAACAAGAAGAGAAGAAGAGAGCCAAAAUUGAAGAUGACAACGACUUCGUCAGUAGUGAAGACGAGGAAGCCGAGCUGGACGUCAACAGUAAUGAAAAUGUUGACGAACUGGAUGAGGGAUCUGAUGAUUCGGAGGCUCAAGAUUCCGCGGAUGAUGAUGUUGAGAUUAAGGAUGAAUCCGGUGAUGAGAUUGAGGGUGAAGAGGAAGAGGAUGGCUCCGAGAGCUCUGAAGAAGGCAGUGAGGAAGAUGACGAAGAAGAGUCUAGUGAAGAAGAUGAGAGCGAGCUUCCAAGAUUGCUACAAAACAGACCAAAGCAUUCCAAGGUGGCUGCUUCUUUCAAGGAAUGGGCCGAGGAGCAGGUCAGAAAGCUUGAGGGCAGAACUGAGAUGGUUCUUCCAGAACUCAAGAAAGAGACGCUUGACGAAUACGGCAAGGGUCUUCAUGAUGACAAGCCCUUCUCAGAUGACGAAAAUGCUAUUCCGAUCGACAUGAACCUCAAACGAGAGGCCUUCUAUGUCAACGUGAGCCGUCCACUUGAAAUCCAGCAGCUGCGUAUGCAACUCCCAGUGUUUGGAGAAGAGCACAGAAUCAUGGAAGCCGUUCACCAUCACGAUUGCAUAGUUUUGUGUGGUGAGACAGGUUCGGGUAAAACAACACAGGUUCCUCAAUUCCUUUACGAGGCUGGCUUUGGAAAUGUCGAAUCAGACCUCUACCCUGGUAUGAUUGGUGUGACUCAGCCAAGAAGAGUUGCAGCUGUAUCUAUGGCGAAUCGUGUUGGAUCGGAGUUGGGAGAAACUCAUGGAAAGAGAGUGGGCUACCAAAUCAGAUUUGACACAACUAUCAAAAACGAGGGUAAGCCUGACGGCACAGCUCUCAAAUUUAUGACUGAUGGUGUUCUUUUGAGAGAGAUGAUGCAAGACUUUCUCCUCACCAAAUACUCUGCAUUGGUGAUUGACGAAGCUCACGAGAGAAACAUUAACACGGAUAUAUUGAUCGGCAUGUUGAGUCGUAUCGUCAAGCUCCGAAGGUCACGCAAUAAGCCUCUCAAGCUUAUUAUCAUGUCUGCUACAUUGAGAGUUUCGGAUUUCUCUGAGAACAAGCAGCUCUUCUCUAGCUCGCCUCCCAUCAUUCAGGUUGAUGCUCGUCAGUACCCCGUCUCAGUUCAUUUCAACAAGAAAACUCAAUUCGACUAUUUGGAUGAAGCGUUCAGAAAGACCUGCAAGAUUCACAAAAGACUUCCACCAGGUGGCAUAUUGAUAUUCUUGACCGGUCAAAACGAAAUCAACGGUCUUGUCAAGAAGUUGAGAAGUGAGUUUCCCUUCAAAAAGGGUAAGAAACUCUAUCCUGACGAUAACGGGGUCAGCUAUAAGGCUAGCAACAAUGUGGUACAGGAAGCGGAAGAUGUUGAUCUCGACAUUGCUUUGAGAGGCAAGAAAGAAUUCGAUGGAUCAGAAUCGGACUCUGCAGAGGACAGUGACGAGGAGGAAGGUUUUGACGAGAAACCCGAACCAGGCCAGGCUGAGACGGACCCUCUUUAUGUUCUCCCUCUUUACUCUACGCUUCCUACCGCACAGCAGAUGAAAGUUUUCCAGGACCCACCAGAGGGAAGUCGAAUGUGUAUUGUGGCAACUAACGUGGCUGAAACUUCCCUUACUAUUCCAGGCAUUCGUUAUGUUGUUGACUGUGGACGUGCCAAGGAGAGAAAGUAUGACGAGGAAAACGGUGUUCAAUCGUUUGAAGUCGACUGGGUUUCCAAGGCAUCCGCCGACCAGAGAGCUGGUAGAGCAGGAAGAACAGGACCUGGGCAUUGUUACAGACUAUUCUCCUCUGCUAUCUACGAGGAAUACUUCCCACAGUUCAGCAAGCCUGAAAUUCUCAGAAUGCCAGUGGAGAGUACAGUGCUUACAAUGAAGAGUAUGGGAAUCGAUCAGAUUGUCAACUUUCCGUUCCCAACGCCACCUGAUAGAGUCGCAUUGAAACAGGCCGAAAAGCUUCUUGUGAUAUUAGGAGCAUUGGACAAGCAGAACAAGACUAUCACCGAACUCGGCAAGACCAUGUCUUUCUUCCCACUUAGUCCACGGUUUGCAAAGAUCCUCAUCAUUAGCAACCAAUUGGAGUGCUUACCUUAUGUUAUUGCAAUUGUGUCCGCUUUAUCUGUUGGUGAUCCUUUCCUCGAAGAGCACGAGUUGGGAUUAGCUAAGGAGGAAAAGCAAGAAUCUGACGAUGAAAUAGAGACACAAGGAGAUAUUGAAAAGAAAAGGAAAUUGAGGGGCAAGUUCCACAAGUCAAGAGCAGUUUUCUCAAAGCUUGAUUCUUUUUCAGAUGCCUUGAAGCUAUUGAGUGCCGUCUGUGCUUUUGAUCAUGUACCAUCGGCAAAGAGGUCGAACUUCCUCAGAGACCAAUUCCUCAAACCUAAGGUCAUGGAGGAGAUCACAAAGCUCAGAAAACAAGUUACUACAAUUGUGGCUAAUAAUACUUCGGCUGAUACCAUAGCAGAGAAACUCGACAAGCCCACUCAGAAGCUAGGCGUUCCUUCUAAAGAGCAGAUCGCUGCAAUCAAGCAGUUUAUAGCAUCUGGAUUUGUUGAUCAAGUGGCCAUUAGAAGUGAUGCCAUUGAUGCUGAAAUCAAGUUAUCCAAGAAAGCUGCAGUUACUGCUGUUCCUUAUACUACCAUGGGACACAAAUUCGGACCAGAGGUUGACCCAUACGUUUACAUCCACCCCGUGUCCGUCAUUGCAUCGUCUGGAAAGACACCUCCACAGUAUGUGAUCUACCAACUGCUCAAUAUGAGUAGCAAUACUACUGAAGGCAAGGUUACGAAGUUAAAGUUGAAGGCAUUGGUUGACAUUUCAGGCAAGCAAUUGGCCAAUGUUGCGAAGGCUUCCUCGCUCAUCACCUAUUCGAAACCGCUUGGCCAUCCAUACGGUCCUAAGAACAUAACUGCCAGUAAGCGUGAAUGUUACGUGGUUCCUAGGUAUGGUGCUGCCAUUGGUGAUGGUGGUAUUGGGUGGGAUUUGCCGGUUAUCAAAGUCACUCAAACUAAGAAGCAUGAGAUGGCUGGACGGCAGAGGGAUGAGCGGCCCAAAAAAGCCAAUCAAGAUUUCGAAGAUGACUCUCUAUUAAUCCCAGAAAACGUCAUAGACCAAGCAUCCCAGAGACUAUUUCUUGUCUCCAUCUUCGUGCUCAUCCAAUGCUGGAAAAUCUACGACAUACUAUUAAUCAAGGCGGACUCAUUCUCCGCCCAUAUGGCAUUGGAUAGUGGAAGUACAGCACAUGAACUGUUCACGUCCCUCAAUAACUUCACCUUUGUGUUGAAGUAUGCAAUAAUAGAUGGGUUCUUCCUAUGGAUGCUACCGGUGCUCAAUGUGCCAUUGCUAAGGUUUCUGCCCUUGGUGACACUACUACUGACCAUUGUGGCCACUGCAUUCACUUUUAUGUUGGCCAGUGAUUCAGCAAUUCCCGUUCUUUCGGGGGCAUUUGUACCAUUGUGGAAUCUUGUCUUCCGCAACAAAGAGCUCACUAUAGUCGGUGAUUCAGUGAAUCCACAGGCUGUCAGCGACAUGAAUGAACAUUUCAAGGGUAGUUAUACCAUUCGCUUCCUCCCUGAACUGUCGGUGCGUCUCAAUCCAUUCCAUUACGAUCAGCUAUGCUUGGAGGCCUCAUCCAAUGCCUAUUCCACAUUCCCUGCUUCCAUUGAUCUUCCAAUUGAAUUCAACACCACAACUGAUAUUGGAUUCAUGCAGAUUCAGCAUACGUCUCCCUCAAAAGAGGUUACGUAUCUUGAAUAUUCGGCUAGAGAUGUCAACAAACUACUACGCAGAGAUUACUCUCACCUCUCCAGCUAUCCAGGCUACAUUUCCAAGGAUGAGCGAGUAUUCUACUUGGAAAUCAAUAUCAAGAAACCUGGAACCUACAAGAUAUCUAGAGUUACGGACAAGGAGGGGGCAGUUAUCCGGUCAUACAAAUCCGAGUUCUCAGUUGCACAUUGUCCAACAUCCAAGUUCGUUUAUCCUGGCCUUGAUCUGGCAUACUCUCAGACUAAUUGUAUUGGUGAAAACCCGGGCGAGAUUGAAUGGCCAUUGCCGCUAGUUGAAUCCUACGGAGUGCUUCCAUUACAAAUUCAAAUGGCUGCAGAAAUCAACGGUAGGCACAUAAGCACAUUCAAUGCCACUGUCACUGAGAGUACUACUGACAAAGGGAAGACUAUUACCAAUGCCGUCAAAUUGACAAGAAAUGCCCUUGAGCAAGAAGUCCUCAAGCAUCCCCAAUCAUUCAUCAAAGGUGCACCAGGCUCUGUCAAGUUUCAUCUCUUGGGAGUGACUGACUACUUGGGGAACAGCAGAAAAUACAAUCCAUCAUCAUCAGACAAGGAUGUAUUGUAUUCUCUCAACCUCAACAGAUCUCCCAAAGUUCACUUGAUUGAUCGCUUUCCAACCAAGCCUUUAUUGGUGAAUUCAACGAAGCGCAUAUACUUCGAAGCUGAAAAUGAUGUAUCCUACCCAUUGACGCUUUUGGUACAGCAUCAAUCCCAGAGAGCAGGUGGUACAGUUGUAAACAAGACUCACACGUUUACUGAUGCAGCGGACUUCCGUAAGGGUAUCGAGAUACUGGACUCUGGGUCCUACAGACUCAUAGAUGGAUUCGAUAAAGCUUGUCCGUGUGAUGUGGUUGCAGAGCCACUCGUCGUGACGACUCCAGAUCCUCCUAGAGUACAGAUUGCUGGAAACCCAAUUACGGAUAAGUGUGUUGGUGAUAUUGGUCUUGAAUUUGAUGUCAAGUUCAGCGGAAAGGCACCAUUCAAGUUGAUGUAUCAGGUUUUCAAGAAUGAGACUGGUAGACUCAAGCCAGUCCUCAAUGACAGAGGAUUGGCGACGCAUACCAAAACUACUUCCGAUGAAAAACUCAAAUUCCAGUAUCAGCCGAAGAGGGAAGGAAGUUAUGUCGUGGUUUUCAAGGAAUUGAAAGACGCAUACUAUCAACUGCCGGCAAUCCCUAUCGAUGAAAAGGCCAACACGUUCACCAUCUACUCCAGACAACGCUCGGCACUUUCCUUAUUGUCUGAUUCGGUCUCCAAAGAAAUACAUCUCUGUAAGGGAGAAAGCGCCAAAAUCCCAUUAUCGUUCAGUGGUAAUUCUCCAUUCUCAUUUGGUUAUCAAAUCAUUGACAAGGUUACUAAAAAGGUUGUGAGUCAAGACCAGAUCUCCAGUCUAAGCGCCGAGACUUUCGAGAUUGUGACGCCAAACUUUGAGAAGGGCGGCGAAUUUGAAGUGAAUCUCCUCAACGUCAAAGAUUCGCUAGAUUGCCCCGUUGAAAUUCUAGGCCGAGGCACAGUAACGAUUAAAGCUAGACAACAUAUUCCAGAGGUCCAAAUCACCCGCGAUGAAACAUUCCAGAUCGUGGAGGGUGACUCUGUCCAAAUUCCGUUCAGUUACAGGCAUACAUCGAGUUCUCCCGCUAAGAAGCUUGAGUUGGCUGUUCAAAACCUAUAUGAUGCCAAUGAUAUCAAAAAUAUCUCCAUCAGUGCUAGAGACACUAUAACGGUCAAGGAGGAGGGAAUUUACAGGAUAAACUCUUUCAAGGACGAGAAAUGCCCCGGUCUUGUUAAAAAUACAAAGUCCUCGGUGAAAGUCACAUACUAUCCGAAGCCAAACCUCACAUUUACUACCGACGAAGACAAUCUUCUCAAGCAGCAUUUUGAUGGUGAGAAUUCACUCCAUUUGAAACUGGUUUGUCAGAACGGUAACUUGGCUAUCAAGCCUCAAAUCGAGGGUUCCGGACCUUUUGAAGCCAAGCACAGGAUAAAGUACCCUGACGGUAAAGUCCUCAGUGGUGUUGUUCCAAUGCUGAAGGAGGUUAUCAAUUUACCCACUGAUCAAGAAGGCAAUUAUGAGCACGCAUUCACCGAAGUGUAUGACCGUCUUUACACGGAACGUGUAUUAUCCAAACUUGAUUAUCACCAAACUCCAUCGACAAUUCGCUACUCCGUGCUCCCUAACCCAUCUCUCAAGAUUGGAAAAGACCUGCUGCAUAUCCAGAUCUGCGAGUCCAAGGUUAAGAAUGUGGAUCAGAUUUCUAUUACUCUUCCAGUUGAAUUCAAGGGCACGGCACCUUUUUCUGUCAGUGGCUCCAUCAGACACACUAACACUGACAAGUUCGAGAAGUUUGAGAUAAACGACAUUGUUGACAACUAUGUUGACCUUGGAAAAGUCAAGUUUAACGGUGCAAAAUUGGCAGAUAUUCUCACUAUUGGGGAUCAUCUUGUCAUCUUUGACAGUGUCUCUGAUGGUAAUACCUGCAAGAAUGUCAACAUUCGUUCGCAAAACUCAGUUGCAAUUUCAGUGACGAAGGUACCCGAGAUCAGAAAGGAGAGUCUUAAACCAUAUUACUGUGUUGGUGACCACGUCUUGUAUAAAUUACAGGGAAUCUCGCCGUUUGUGGUUUAUUAUAGUUUCAAUGAUCAGAGCAGAAAAGCCGAGGUGGGUCAUGACUUCCAGAGGUUGGCAGCAAAACCUGGAGAGCUUUCGAUUGUUGCUUUACAGGACGCUUCAGUCAGCCGUUGUUUGGUGAACUACACGAAAAUUCCCGACAAAUAUGAGGAGCUCAAGUUGCAAAUUUAUGCUCUUCCAUCCGUCGAAAUCAGUCACGGUGGUGUUAUUAUUGAAAAGUUGCAUGAAGGAGAUCAAGCUGAAAUAUCCUUCAAGUUCACCGGAGUUCCUCCGUUUGAGGUUACCUAUGUGAGAACUGUUGGUGAUGACGUGGGGGCCCACAAGAGAAGGGGCGGUCCCAAAAAGCCUGGUAAGCGCAGAAAGGUGGUGGAUACCAAGACUAUCAAGGGCAUCUGGGAUUAUGAGCAUACCGAGAUCGUCAGUCUAGAAGGUACCUAUGACGCCAUCCGUGUCAAGGAUGCCUACUGCCAGGCCGUUAGAGAUGUCGAAGAACUUCUCUAG